GCCAGCGGACGCUCUAGCCCGCCACGUGCUCGCUGCCCCGCCGCCCGCGCCAGCGGACGCUCUAGCCCGCGGCGUCGGCGGCUCUUUCGCUGGCCCCGGGAAGCCCGCAAGCCCCGCGGGAGCCGCGCUCGGGCUCCGCGGUCGCAGAGCCUUCGCCCACCGUCCAUCAUGGACCUCGCCGGCAACGGCUCCAGCUUCCAGUCGGAUCUGGAUUUCUGUCCGGAUUGCGGCUCAGUCCUGCCUCUGCCAGGCACUCAGGAUGCAGUCACCUGUACCCGCUGCGGCUUCUCCAUCCACGUGCGAGACUUGGAGGGGAAGGUGGUGAGGACCGCAGUCGUGUUCCACAAGCUGGGCACAGCCACGCCCGUGUCGAUGGAGGCCGGCCCCGAGCUCCAGGGGCCAGUGGUGGACAGGCGCUGCGCCCGCUGCGGUCACGAGGGGAUGGCUUACCGCACCCGGCAGAUGCGCUCCGCCGACGAGGGCCAGACCGUCUUCUACACCUGCACCCGCUGCAAGUUCCAGGAGAAGGAAGACUCUUGAUUUUCCUUUUAUUUCUGGGCAACUCAACAAUCCCUCCCCCCUCCUCUUCCUUGGGAGGUGAAGGAUAUUGGUUCCUAGAUCCUUGUCCAUCCCCUGGUUGCAGUAUUUGCUCCCCGAGAAGCACAUCACCAUGUGAGGAGUACUGUUGUCCCCAAGUUGCUCCUAUUCCUAGUUGAGUUUUCCUAUUAAAGCUAUGUUUUUCAAUAAGACCCAAA